AAAUUAAAAUGGGAGGAAAGCUUGGAAAGGAGAAAGGAAAGGGCAAAAAAGGCCCGGGCAGUAAAGCUCAAAGCAAAGAAGAAAAGAGUCCACAGCAAAACUUGAAGGCACCAAAAGCUAGCAAUAAGUCCCUGGUUUGUGCUUGGCAUUUCUUGUGCCUCUGUAUCUACGCUGCUAUACACUGGUAUGAUUAUAAGCUGGUCUCUGAGUGUCCUAAUCUGGAAAGAUUCUUCCCUGGAGCAUAUGCGUUUGGUGGUAGAUGGAAGUACCUGACAGCUAUAACAAUGAACCUAAUGCUAGUCUAUUACUGCCUUGCUUUCUUCAAUGACCUCUUUACCAAUUUUACUUCAUUCGUAAGCUGGUUCUUCACUACUACUAUAUGGCCUCUUGCUUGGGUAGUGACUAUCUUUUUCUGGGUAUUGUAUGCAAUGGACAGGCAGCUCAUCUAUCCAAAGGUUAUGGACGAAUAUUUCCCGGUUGCCAUAAACAUGUGUUGGCAUGUCGUCCUCUUUCCUGUCGUUCUUCUUGAAGUUGCCAUUGUCCAGCACCGCUAUCCCUCUCAUCUGGUCUCUGCCAUCACUCUCUUCCUAAUAGGAGGAUCCUACACAAUCUGGACAAUUGUCGUUUAUAAUAAUACGGGUAGAUGGACUUACGGCUUCAUGAGGGGUUUCAAUUAUCUUGGAUUCUGUGCCUUCUCGCUGAUAUCGUCUUUUGUUUCUAUUUUGUUUUAUUAUAUUGGGAGGUUCUUGUCUGGAUUGAGAUGGGGCUGAAAUAAAUUUUAGUUUUUAUUGUUCUUGAAUUUAUAAUAAUUUUUUUUGUGGAAAAAAAAAUAAUUUUUUGCUUUAUUUUCUGGCUAUCUCCGUUUCACCAUGCACCCACGCAUAAUUCGGAGAUAAACAGAGUUAUACGGAUAUUUAAUUUUUUUAUUUAACAACUCUUUAGUUUGAGUUUCUAGAGUCGCUUCUCUCUCAGUCUCUCUUGCGUCAAUUCCUGGCCGAAUCCGCUUCCAGCAAAAAAUCCUUUCUACUGGUCCAAGGAGAACAAAAGUAACACGUCAAGUUUGUUGUGCUUGUGCAGCUGUUUGUGGGCGUGGUCUGAUAUUCAAGAGAAUCAAGCAACAUGAGUGGUUGGUUCAAGAAACAAAGGUCAGGAGGGAGUCCUGGCUGGAAGAGGAAGAAAGAUUCUCAAGAGGGACCAGGUGGUAGGAAGUUUGAGAGAGAUGACUUAGUGAUGUCCUUGCCUCCUCACAUUCUCUCUUCUUCAAAGCAGCAGCAGCAGGUCUUACUCACAAGUGAUAACAUUGGCACACGUAAUCCACUGGAUUGGGAGUCCACUCCGGAUAGUUUGAGGAAAAAGUUUCCGCACUGGAAGGAGCACAGUGUACCGUCACCUGGAAUCAAGAAGAAAGAUAAUCACUUAACUUCUCCUACAACUAAGAAGUCAAGUCACGUUCCAGAAAAUGCAAUACCAUACAUAGUAAUGGAGUGUGACACUUUAGCUAGCAUUGCCUUAAAAUUUGAUACCACACCAAGUGAUAUUGCCAGAGCCAACAACAAGCUACUUGGUAACUCCUGUCCCAUAUGCCCUGGAGAACUACUGUAUAUUCCCGAUAGCAGUUUGAGAAGUGAAACUAGAAGUAAAAACUCCUCACCCGGGGAUAAUAUCAAAAACAAUAGAGAAGGAGAGAAUGACAGUCAAUGUAAGGAAGAUAAAAAGGAAGAGAUGAUAGAUAAACAGGAUAAGAUUGAAUUCAAACCAGAUGAAAACAAAACCAGCAACAUAGUACAAGAGAGAGAAGAUAAAGGGAAUGAGAAUGGAAGAGGAGAGGGAGAGGAGGAGGAGGAAGAAGAAGAAGGGUUCAUUGAACAGGACAUUGUGGAUGAAAUGUUUAUAUGUGUAUCAUCAAAAUUCAUGUCAGAACAGUUAUGCGUUCACGGUAGUUUAUUCUUAAAAACGGAUCUAAUAAUGUUCAGACCGAAUCCCAACGACCCACUGGUAGAGGACAAUGGCCUAGGCCCCUAUGAAGUGAUGGUACCAAUGAAUGAGGUGGUUCAUGCUUACCUGAUGACAUCCUACACCACACCAUCAAGUACUGCCACAACUAUCAGUCCUCCUUCUCAGUCUGUAGCCCCUCCCACCAGUACUGCCCCGCCCACUUUCUUCUCAUCCGACAGUUCAUCACACUUACCCUCUUCUCCGCCCACUCAAACUGAUCAAGACCUCUUCGAAGGAAAAACUAACCCCCUACUAACCGACUCGGCACAACAUUCCGAUGUGACCACACCCAUCACCAAAGACGACGCCUUCCCAGACGAACCACAGCCACAACAACAAGAAGAGACUGGGACAGACAGUAGAGAAAGGCUGGAUACUUUAAACAGUUUGUUUGAAGAAGAGGAAGUGGAGAAAAGAGAAGAAGGUUGUUAUGGGGAAGAUUUGGUCCCCUCCCCAUGGUGUUUCAUGUAUCUGAGAGUAUCACAGAGUGCCCAACAGAGCCCGGCUAACCCGAUCAUUGGCAUUGAGAUACCAGUCCCUCGUAAGCAGAGGGCGUCCUCACCGAAUAUACAAGCAGUCAGGACCUGGUUCAUAUUUGCCAUCCCUACACCUAGACUAAAGGAUAUUUUUAAUUUCGUAUUCAAGCAUCAUCCUUCAUCAAAAAGUGACACUAACAUGGCUUCAAUGUCAUCAGUUGAUGAUGAAUUGUCCGAUGAUAAGAGGCUUGAAAUAAUUAAUCUUAGGGGACAAUAUUCAGACGACUCACUUGUUUUGAGUGAAACUCAUUUUGCCUCCUCGUGGGAAAUAUUUUCUGUCAGAGAUUUCCAGCCUCUUAAAAUAGAAUGCAUGGAGGUAGAGAGUAAUCUCCCACUACCAAGACUAGCAGAAAGCUCGGAUUACCUAACCAACAAGCACUUAAGAAAAUUGACACUCAAUCUAGUCAGCUCUGCUGUGGGUCGUGAUUGGAGCCUAGUAUACAGCACAGCAAGGCAUGGCAUCAGCCUUCAGACUCUGUAUAGGAAUAUGGCUAACUAUGGAGACUCUCCUACAGUACUGCUAGUAAAGGAUGAAACUGGAAAGUUGUUUGGUGCGAUGCUGUCCAGUCCCAUAAGACGGAGUGAUAGGUUUUACGGAACUGGAGAGUCUCUUUUAUUCUCUUUUGACGAAGAGGGCGAGAUUAAAGUCUACCCGUGGGCUGGAAAUAACGACUACGUGAUCAAAGGAAGUGGAGACAGCAUAGCAAUAGGAAGCGGAGAUGGUCAUUUUGGCUUGUGGCUAGAUGAAGGCUUUUACCACGGGAGCAGUUUCAAGUGUCGGACAUUUAAUAAUGAGCCGCUUGCAAGUUCGGAAGACUUUAUAAUUUUUGGGGUAGAAGUAUGGGGCUUUGAAGGUUUUGAAUAACAAGUAGCCGUUUUAAUUAUAUAAUUUCCCUCCAUCUCUUCUCUCUCUCUUUUUUGCUACUUCAAUUGUAAAUAACGAUGAUGACAUUAAAAAUUAA